AUGACGCCGCCGCCGACGUGCGGCAACUGUCAGCCGCACUUGAGUCAACAUCCGGACGCGCCUUGUCAGCGCUCGCCGCCGCCGCCGCCGCCGCCGCCACACUGUAGUCCUCUGCCAGCUGGACACCAGCGGGGCGGCGCAGCCUGUCAGGCAGGCCUCUCUCACAACGUCCCAGCAUUCGUAGACGACAUUACCAAGAAAAUCGGAAUUCUUAUUUUUCUUGUGUAUUUGAAUCCGCCGCCGCCGACCGGAGCUUGGGAAACAGCGACGACUCCUGUCGUGUUGGCGGCCCGUGUAGCCGUCUGCCAGAAUGGGAAAAGAGGAGGGGGCAGCGCCGUGGUCGCAGCCAACUGUCGCGUCUUGGACAACGUAACUCGCAUUGUGGUGGGUCCGGCCGCGUGCAACUCGAGCCGGCGUCGCGACGGAGCCCGCUGCCUGCCCCAGAGCUCCUAUGCCAGCGGCCGGCAGUCCCCCGCUGCCGCUGCAUCAUCAGGGCCGCGGGCAGUGGCGCGGAAGGGCCGAGCCUGCAUGCGGCCAUUGCCGUCUGUGGCGCGUACCCUGUAG